AUGUUUGCCUUGGAUCCUGUCACCCUAGGCCUUCCAUCGUUGGUGCGAUCGCCCGUGCGCACGGACUCUCCACUCUUCGUCCUGAAUCCCGUCCGUCCGGACCUCAUGCCGUCCAUCAGAAGCAUGACUUGCUCGGGCUCCGCACCCUUCGCGUGCGCUCGCUGCACCUUUGAGUCCUCAGCUUCAGUACUGGACCCUUUGUACUUGGAACCCUUGAUGCCCGUCAGGGGCCAUAGUUGCUUGGGAUUCACGAUGUUGGCCUUCUCCUUGGCACGUUUCGACUUGUUACCUUUCACCUUGGACCUCGGUGCUUUCGACUCGGUCCUGCCAGUACGAUCCAUGGGACGCUUAGGCUUCCUUCUGUUCCUCUUCAGCACUUCGCGCUUCGGCUCAGCGACUUCGGCCUCGGACCUUCUGAAUCUGGGCUUCUUGCUGUUGGCUCAAAGCCUUUUACAUUUGGGAUCCGCUCUGUUGGUCUUCUCUCGCAGCAGGUGCGGUUCUUCUCUCUUAGUGCUGGACUUUUUGAAUCUCGACAGUUUCCUGUUGGUGCGCUCCUUCGUGCGGGCAGAGCUCAUGUUGCUAGUCUCCGACUUUGGACACAUUGGCCUGUCGCUGCCGAUCCGCAGCAUGUCUUGUCCUGGUUUGACCUCCUCAGUCUUUAGCACGGCUUGGAUGGGCUUCUCCUUUCCAGUCUUAGACCUUGCACAACCCGAUCUGUCCCCCUUGGCGCGCAGCCUCGUUCGCUUGGGCUUGAUGCCUUCCGUCUCAGACACGGUGCACUUGGACCUCUUGCCCUCCUUGCGGAGCUUUGAUCGUCUGGACUUCACGCUCUUCAUCUUCAAGUGCGCUCGCCCUGACAGCUCCUCGCCGGCCUCGGAUCCUGUGACCUUGGGCCUCACGUUGUCCGCACGCUCGACCGUGUGUUCGGGACCGUCCUUGUCCACUUCGGACUCUACGCGUUCCGGCAGCUCGUCGUCGCUCAGGAGCUCGGCGCGCUUGGACUCCACCUCGUUGGUCUGUGGGCUGGUGUGGCUGGACUUCAUGUCGUUGGUCUUGGAUCACGUGGAUCUGGACUUCUCCUCGUUCGUGAGAAGUAUGGUAUGCUUCGACUCGUUGCCUUUGGUGUUGGACUCCUUGCACCUUGAAAGCUCCUCGCUGUUGCACUCCUGGGCCAGACUGGGCCCCUCGGCCAGAGAGGAUGGGGCCGCACGUUCUUCCUCCUUGACCUUCAGCCAAGGGCGCCUGGACUCGUUGGUCUCGGCCCUGGACUUUCUACACCUGGGUAGCUCGGCGUUCCUGCGAGGGCACCUUCGCACGGGCUCCACGUCCUCGCCGCUGGACCUCGCGAACUUCGGCUCCACGACCUCCAUGCGGAGCUUCACGCAACCGGCGCCUGCAAUGUCGGCGAGCGGCACGGUAUGGUCGGGGUUGAUGCUGUUGGUGUUGGGGGAGCUGAAGUUAGAGUCCUCCUUGUUGAUACGAAGCCUUUGCCAGCCGGACUUCAUGGUGUCAGUCUUCGACUUUGCCAGAUUGGGCUUCCUAGCAUCCUUGCAAAGCCACCUGUGCGUGGAAUUCAUGAUGUUCGUAUUGGGAGAGACACUCUUCGACUUCUCCUUGUUGGCUUUGGAUUUCUUGCAUUUAGGCUUCCUCUUGCCUGUUCAAAGCCACGUACACCUUGAGCCAACAGCUUUCGCUGUGGAUUUCGCCAACUUCGAACCCUUGGUUUCCAUGCACACAUACACACGGUGUGAAUCGAUGAUGCUGGUCUUGGGUUUGGCUUGCUUCGGACUUCUGAUGCUGGUUUUGGACUUCCAACACAUUGGCUCCUUGCCGCUGAUUCGGCAACUCUUGUGUACUGGCCCUUUGACUUCAACCGUUGGCAUGGGCCGUUCUGACUCCAGCUUGCUUGUCUUAGACCGUGUAACUCCUGGUCCUUCCCCCUCGUUGCGCAGCAUGGUAUGCUUCGGCUUGGUUUCGUUGGCAUUGAGAUGCGCACGACUUGAGUUCUUGCUGUUUCUGUUGGACAGAGUCGAAUGUGGAUCAUCCUUGCCCUCGAGGCACUUCGCACGCUUCAGCCUCUCUUUGUUUGUGACUGGUGUCACCUGCUUUGGUUUCAGCCUGCUGAUUCCGGAUCUUACUUCACUGGGCUUCAGCUUAUCCUCCCAGCAAUUCGUUCACUCCGGUCUCCUUGCUUCGCUCCUGGGUGCCCUCCGCACCGACUCCACGUCGCCCGCCUCGGACGCCGCGGCGCCGGACUCCUCGCUGCCGGCACGAAGCUUCGUGCGGCCAGGCUCGGUCUUGUUGGUGUCAGAUCUCCUGCACUUGGACAGCUCGUCGUUGGUGCGCUCCUCCAUGCGGCCAGACUUGUUGACGUCCGCCUCAUCACGCGCCAGCUUUGAGUUUUCCCUUUUGAUCUUGGAUCUCUUCCACUUGGGCUUGGCCUCUUUCAUGCGAAGCUUUGCCAAGAUGGGCGGGAAUCCUUUAGUGUUGGAUUUCACACAUUUCGGCCCAUUCAUGCUGCUGCAGGCGCUCUUGCGUUCAGGUCCCAUCGUUUCAAUUUCAGGACUCACAUGCUUCGAGCCGCUUCUGUUGGUCUUAGACUCUUUGAAUUUGGGCUCAUUGCUUUUGGUGCAGCAGCCCACGCGGCUGGGCCUGACGCUGUCCGUCAUUAGCAGAGUGACCUUUGGUAGUUGCAUGUUGGUCUUGGACGUGGCUGCGAUCGGCAGUUCGCUCUUCUUGAGGUCGUUCUAUCACUUGGACUUCUCCACGUUCGUGGUGAACAGGGUUCAUUUUGACGCAAGUUCAUUGACCUUGGACUUUGCCUCCUUAGGAUCAUCCCUCUUGGCACAAAGCCUUGGAUGUCUUGGUUCGAGCCUUUUGGUGCUCAGCACAUGUCGACUUGAGCCUUCGGUGUCGGUCUUAGACCAUACGACCUUGGGCUUCUCUUUGUUGGUCAGGAGUUUCGUUUGCCCCGACUCCAACUUCUUGGCCAUCGAUUUUGCUCGAACGGGAAGUUCCCUACUCACCAGAUCCUUCUCCUGCUCGGACUUCACUGUCUUCGUGUGUGGAAUGAGUUGCAUUGGAUUCUCAGUAUUGGCCUUGGACCACUUGAGAACCGACUCCUCCACGUCCAUGCGCUCCGUGGUUCACUCAGGCUUGGCCUCCUUCGCCUCCGGUCUGCUGCGCUCCGGCUCUGCGGCGCCGGCCACGGACUUCCUGCGGUCGGGUCCGGCGCCGUCCUCGCGGUCCAGCGCGCGCUCGGGUUCCGCGUCCUUGGUCUUUAGCUCGACGAAGCCAGAGCUCUUCUUGUUGGUACUGGAUUCCUUACGCCUCGACUCCGCCUUGUUGGCACGAUCCUCUGGGCGUUGCGGCUCAGCUUUGCUGGUCUUGGACCUCGCGCACCUGGGCUUGUCGCCCUUGCUCCGGAGCUUCGCGCGCUUGGGCUCCCUCAUGUUGGUCUCGGACCUUGCACACUUGGCCUUGUUCACGUUGGCCAGGAGUUAUGAACGGAUUGAUUCCAUCUUGCUGGUCAUGGGCUGUGUCCGCUUGGGCUUCAUCCUGUUGACCUUGGACUAUGCCGAGUUUGGUUUGACCCCUUUGCUCCGCAGCUUCUCUCGCAUGGGGCUGUCGACCUUCAUUCUGAACUACGUAAGGGUUGACUUCUUGCACCCCGGUCUGGCCUUCUUGCCGCGCGAUACGGCACGGAUGGACCUGGCUCCGCUGUUGAUGGGCAUCGCGCGAUCGGGUUCCAUCUCACCCGUGCUGGACCUUGCGAGCUUCGGUUUGUCACUCUCCGCGCGGAGCCUCAGCCGCUUGGGCUCGCCGGUGUCGGUGCUGCACCACGUGCGCUUGGGCUUCUUCUCGUCGACUCGCAGCAUGGUGCGGUCGGGGUCGACGUCGCUGAUCUUUAGCAUGGCCCGGAUGGAGCUCAUAGUGUCGAACUUUGGUUUGUCCUUGUCGACCUUGGAUAUGACUCAACUGGGAUUGAUGAUUUCCUUGAGGAGCUUUGCAAGGAGCUUUGCCAGACUGGGCUUCCCGUCAUCCGCCUAUGGGGUGACGCUCUUGGGUAGUUUCCUGCUGGCGUUGGACCAUUUGCUCUUGGACUUGACCCUGUUGUCGAGACCAGAGCUUUCCUUGCUGGUGCCUGACCGGGUUCAGUUAGACUUCUCCUUAUUGGCACACUCCUUCACCCGCUCGGGUUCCGCGCCUCUCGCGUCAGACUUCCUGCACUCGGGGUCCACGCCGCCCAUCCGUAGCGCCACACGCAUGGAGUUCACACUGCUGGCCUUCGGAAAGGCAUGCUCGGAGUUCACCCUGUUGGUGUUGGACUUCGUGCCCUCAGGUCUGAGCUUGUUCUUGAGAUCCUUGAUUCACCUCGAAUUCACCUCCUUGGUCUGUGGUCUGGUGAACUUGGAGCUCUUCCUACUGGCCUUGGACCACGUUCAAUUCGGCUUGCCUCCUUCGCUGCGCAGCUCCUUGUACCCCGGCUUCUUGGUUUCCGUCUCGGACGUGGCUCACUUGGGCUUCUCCUUGUCCUUGCAAAGCCACGUUCAUUUCGACUCCAGCACGUCUGUCCCGGACUUCUUGCACUUGGGCUCUUCCCUGCCAUCGCGGAACUCCUGCCACUUGGGUUUCACCUUAUUGGUCCCUGGCGCCGCGCGGGUGGACUUGAUGCUGUUGGUCUUGGACCACACGCUCCUAGAGCCUUCCAUGUCGAUCAGGUCGCUUGUGCAACUGGGACCCAUUCCUUCAGCGAUGGAUCCUGUGAGAUCGGGUUCGAUCAUGUCCGUCCGAAGCCAUGCGAAGCUUGGCUUGACCUUGUUGGUGGUUGGCUUGAACCGCCCAGGAUCCGUCUCCUUGUUGCCGGUGAUCGAGACCACGAAUCCGGGAUUCUCGCUCUUCACCAGGAGCCUCUUGUGCUGCGGAAGCACUCUGUUGGCUUUAGACUUUAUUCACCUGGACAGCUCCAUGUUGCUGCGAUCCUUUGUUCACACGGGCUCGUGUUUGUCGGCGCUGGAUCCUUUGCACCUGGGCUUCUCGCUCUUCUUGCCUGGUUUCGUCAUGCUGGCACUCAACUACGCGCGCCCGGGCUUCUUCAUGUCGUCGAGAUCUUGGGGCCGCUGUGACUUCUCCAUAUUCGCGAUAGGCAUCUUGCAGUUAGGAUCCACCUUGCUGGUGCUGGACCUCGUUGAGCUUGACUUCUUGCUGUCAAUCCAGAGCUCUUCAUGCUUGGGCUCAUCAACCUUGGCCUUAGACGUGGCGCACCUCGAACCUUUGACAUCCUCGCGCAGCAUGAGUUGCUUGGGCUCCCCGUCGUUGAUCUUCGACACUUGCAGAUUAGGAAGUACGUCAUCGGUCUUGGGAGCCUUAACUCUUGAAUCCUCGUCGUCCGUGCAAAGCUCUUGCAGGUUGGGUUCAACGGCUUUCGUCUCGGACUAUGGGCGUUUUGGCUUGUCGACCUUCUCAAGAGCCAUUUUGCGACUGGGCUUCAGCCUGUUGGUUGUGGGCUGCAGUAGACUCGAAAGUAUCCUGCUGGUCUUGGAUGCGGUGAACUUGGGAUUCCUGCCGUUGACCCGAUCCUUUGUUUGCAUGGGCUUGGCGCUUUUGGUCUUGGAUCUCCUUCAUCCCGAACUCCUGCUGCCACCCCGAGCCAUGUCACAGCCUGAUUUCCCAUCAUCACUCAUGUCAAGAAGUCGACCUGGAUCAAGCCUAUCAGCUCUGGACCUUCUCCACUUAGAUCCGGCCUUGUUUCUACACAGCUCUGCAUGCACGGGUUUGGCAGCACCAGUCUUGGACUUUUUGCAUCUGGGAUUCUCCACUCCUUUGCGGAGCUUUCUCUACUCAGGCUCAGCUUCAUCGAUCUUCUCCACUUCAAGGCUUGGGUCCUCCCUACUAGCGCUGGACUCUUUGCACUUAGAACCUUUGACUUUGAUUCACAGCUUUGCCCACAUGGGCUUCACCAUUUCUGCAUUGGAUGUGGUAAACCUUGGGCCGCUCUUGUUGACCAGGAGCCUUGCUCGCUUUGGAUUUAGCCUCUUGGUGUUGGACUUCCUGCACUUGGGAUUCAUGCCUUCCUUGCACAGUCUCAUCCAUUUAGGCUUCAGCUUCUUGGUCUUGAGCCGUUCGGCUUUGGGUAGCACUUCGUCCGUGCUGGAUCCUUUGCAUUCAGACUCCUCCUUAUUCGCACGCAGCUUCACUUGCUUCGGCUCCUGCUCGUUGGCCUUGGAUUCCACGCAUCUCGACUCGAGCACCUCCCUCCGGAGCUUUUGCCGCCUGGACUUCAUGCCGUCGGUCGUGGGCUUGAAUCGUUCUGGCUCCGUCUUCUCGCCCUUGGUGAUCGAAUGCACUUCGCCAGGGAGUUCGCUGCUGGCGCGGAGCUCCGCAUGUCUUGGCUCGGUGGCGCUGACCUUGGAUCUCCUGACCUUGGGAUUCUCCGUCUUCUUGAAGAGUCACAUGUGCUCUGACCCGACCGUGUUCCCAUGCGGACGCUUGCGCUUGGGCUUCAGCCUGUUGACUUUAGAUCUCAUCCAGCUCGGCUUCUUGCCCUUGUUGCGGAGUGUCGCAUGCUUUGACUAUGUUUCAAUGGGCUUCAUCUCGUUGGUGCGUAGUUGCGUGCGUUUGGACCCUGUGGCGUUGGUCUUGGACCUUCUGAAACUGGGCUCCAACCUGCCCACGCGAUCCUCCACACGCUUGGAGCUCAUCCCGUCGGUCUUCAGCACUAGCAGACCAGAGUUGAUGGUGUUGGUGUCGGACUGCGUGAAUCUGGAGAGCUCCUCGUCGGCCCGGAGUCCUGUGCAUUUGGGCCUGGCGAUGUUGGCCUUGGACUUCCUUCAUUUGGGCUUCGCACCGUUGUUGAGGCAAUCUGCAUGCCCGGACUUCACCUUCUUGAUCUCCGGCAGCCUUCAACUCGACUUCUUGCCUUUGACACUUGAUGUGGUCAGCACGGCAUCUAUGACGUCCUCGCGCUCCUUCGCAUGUCCUGAGUUGAUACUUUCAGUUUUGGACAAGGCAAGCUCGGGACCCACUCCGCCCUUGCAAAGCCUCGUUUGCUUAGGCUUCGUCUUGUUGGCCUUAGACUUUUUACACCUGGACCUGUCUUUGUCGCUCAAAAGCCAUGUUCGCCCUGGCAGCUUCACAUCUGCCUGUGGCGUCGCCUGGCUCGAGUUGUCCUUACUGGUGCUGGAUCAUUUGCAAUCAGACUCUUCACUCCUUUUACGCAGCACGGCACAGGUCAAUUCUACUCUCUUUCUCUUGGGCCGCUCACACUUGGGCUCUCCCUUGCCACUCUUGGACUCCAUUCAGAUUGACCUGCUGGUGUCGGCAAAAAGCCUUGCCAGGCCCGAGUUGGCGGCUUCGAUCUUGGAGCUCAUCCAUUUGGACUUCUUCUCGUCCUCGCGGCAACCCGCUCGUUCAAACUCCUCGACGCCAGCCAUCCGCGCCGCACGCGUGGGCUUGCUGCCGUUGGUACUGGACCGGACGUUGCUGGGCUCGCUGUCGCUGGCCAGGAGCUUCGUGCGCAUGGGAUUGGCACCUUUCGCCUUGGACUUUGCACAUUUGGAGUUGAGCUUGUUGGUCCGAAGCCAUGCCCGACCAGGCUUCUUGGUGCCGGUGCUAGAUCUUCUGUCCCAUGCACACCCUGGCUUGGCAGCAUCCAUGCUGGACUUCCUGCAUCUUGGCUCUUCCGUCUUUGUGAAGAACAUGGCUAGACCAAGUUUAUUCUUGUUGGCCUUCGGUCGAGUUUGUCUUGACUUCACCACUCCAGUGCUGGACCGCACGCAUUUGGGCCUUUUGCCAUCUGUGCAAAGCUUGGUCUGCUUCGGCUUGAGCUUGUUGGUCCUGGACUCUUUGCAUUUGGACUUCUCCACGUUUCCACACACCCAUUGCCGAACUGCCUCCUUCUUGCCCGCCGCAGGGGUCGCUCGCUUGGAAUUUGCUUCGUCGGUGUUGGACCCCGUCCAUUUGGGAUUCGUGAUGCUCGUGCGGAGCACGGCGAGGUCGGGGAGCUUCCUAUUCACCUUGGACCUUUUGCAAUUGGGAUUCUUCUUGCUUUUGAGGCAAUCCUCAUGUUCAGGUUCCUUCACUUCAAUGGUGGGCAUGGCUUGCCUCGACUCCAUCCUGCCGACUCUGGACUUUGUGCAGAUCGAGUCCAUAGUGCCUUUGCGAAGUCAUGCACACCUUGAGCCAGCGGCUUCGAUCUUGGACUUUGCACAUACCGGAUCGUCCACGCUCCUACGAAGCUCUUUCCAUCCCGGCUCCUCGGCGCUGAUUCUGGACUGGUCUCACUCGGACUUCUUCUUGCCAAUACGUUCCCUUGGUCAUCUGGACUCUUCGAUCUUCAUCCCGGACCUCUUACAUCCAGGCUUGUUCUUGUCCGUCCGCAGCUUCACUUGCCUCGGCUCCGCCUCAUCCGCCACGGACCUCCUCCACCCGGGUUUCUCCCCGCCGGCACGGAGCCUCGCACGGGCCGGGUUGGCCAUGCCGGUGUUGGACCUCGCCAAGUUCGCGCCCUCCAUCUCGGCCAGGAACUAUCAGCGGAUUGAGCUGCUACUGUUAGUCACGGGAGGUUGCAAUCUGGACCUCUCACUAUCACCUUUGGACCAUGUGCAUCUGGAGUUCUUCUCGUCCUCGCACAGCGUGGCAUGGCUCGGCUUCUUGUUGUUGGUCCUGGACCUCUUAAAGUUGGGAUUCUUCUUGUUUUCGCGCAAUCUCUACUGCGCGGGCUCGGCGGUCUUGGCCAUUGGAUGCGUGCGCUUGAACUUGCUUUCGCUGGUGUCGGAUUUCGUGACCUUGGGAUUGUCCACUUCAUUGCACAGCGUGGCACGGACCAGCUUUUUGGUGUUGGCUUUGGACUUCCUCCAUCUGGGAUCUUCGGUCUUCCUGCACGCCUACAUGCGAUUGGCUUCUUUGUUGUUGGUCUUUGGGUGUGCUUGCUCAGGCCCCUUCUUGCCCAUUUCGGACAUUGCACAUUUGGAGCUACCCUUGCUUGUGCGAAGCUUCUCCCACUUGGGCUUCGCGGCUUCGGUCUUGGAUUUCCUUCAUCUGGAGCUCAUGCUGUCCUCGCGCAGCUACUCAUGCAUGGGCCCAGCUUUGUUGGUCUUGGAUCUCUUACAUUUGGGCUUGCUCAUGUCACUCAGGAAUUACAUUCAACCUGGCUCGAGCUUUCCGGUGAUGGGCUUGUGUUGA